GUUUUCUUGGGUGAGUAGAAACUGAACAUCUAUCUCAUUGCGAUCAAGCAAACAUGAUAGCGCUCUCUCAUAAGAUCCCAUCAGCGCAUCCCACCAGCGCAUCCCCGCCUCCGCGAGGCUGUGGAGGUGACCGUUAGUAGCGACCACGUAGGUUGCCCCUCUCUGACUACGCGGCCGUCGGCGCCAUGGGCUUAAUUGAGGUCGACAUCUAUUCAACCCAGUCAUCCCCUCAAUGGGUUUCGUUCAGGCAAUCGAACUGGCUAUCACGGGCAGAAAUCAAAGAAAGAGCGUUGACUAACUGGAGAAUAUUGAUCUAACGAAUGCCCGUCCCCCGUUAGCAAAUGAUUGGCUGUCGUUGAAUCUCAACUGACGCAAGCUGCAGGUUCUGUUCCCUCGGCGGUUACAGGAGUAGUUAAAACACCCGAUCCAAGGUAGGGCAAGAGACACGAAGUUUGGUACCUGAAAAUUGCUGUCCAACUGCUGGUAUAUCUGGUGUAGCCCCGCUUUCCAGCCUCAUUUUUGACCCCAGGAACCAUAUUUGACUGUUAUACUGCCGCCCAGCUGGUAGAGCUUGGAUCAUCAACUUACAUCAUUGUACUACCAUCUUAUGAUCUUCAAACCACCAUCAAAACAUCUUAGUUGACGCCAUGGCGGCGUUUGGCAAGAGCAUCCACGCCUUGCUGGACACUUACUCAAACUGCAUUUCCUUGCUCAAAGCCUUCAGGCAUCGGGGCGAUGAGCCAAAUUCAACCACCCCAACACCAGAGACAACGAUUUGUUCUCAGGACAAACAAGCCGUUCUGCGAGAGUCUUUAAAGGCGGAUCGUGACUUGGUUGAGAAGGCCUAUUCGUCAAGAGUUCGCCAGUCUGGGAACCGCUUCAGAAAAGGAGAUGCCCGCGCCAUCUCAUCAGUAGACGGUGUCUUGAGGAAGCUCAAAGAAGCUAUCAAGAACCUGCUGCGAAUCUCUAGCCACAAGCAGAAUCUUGACCUGGACUUUGAGUCACUCAUGUGUCUCUCCAAUGCUUCCAGACUUGAGACAAUCAAGACCAUAGAUGGCCUGUCCCGACGGCUUGGUAGCCCAUCUCGUUCUUCACUGGCCUCCCAUUCUUCAAGGGCUUCAUCAAAGGCCUCGAAGACAUCAUCCAAGUCAUCGUUGUCGAAGUCAUCCAAAACUUCUCCGGGUUCUUUGUCGACGUCACCAUCACACCGGCACAAACUAUCACCCAAGACGCCCGAGGCGCCCAAACCGAAGAGAGAGUCUGCCCAACAAGAAAAGAGCUCCUCAAGCAAGAAAGCAUUGCCCCAGCCCAAGAAGGAAAUCAAGGAUGGCAAAUCAAAGAGAUCGUCCAGCAGCGAGCUAAAAUCUGCAACUCCAAAAGACCCACAACCAGCAGCACCGUCACCAAAGUUGACUUCGCCAUCACCAGAGCCAACGCCAAAAUCACCAAAAUUGACACCAGCCUCGCCAAAGCCAACACCGGCCUCACCAAAAAACUCUAAAGCAUUACCAAAGCUACCGAGGAAGGGCUCAGUAAAACACGCGGAAAAACAUUCAUCAAGAAGUUCAACGGCAUCACCUAAGUCAGCGAGUUCGCAAAAACCUCCAUCCUCACCAAAGCUACCAUCUUCACCAAAAUUACAACCCGCACCAUCACCACCGGCUUCUCCAAACUCUAUCGAAGCAAUCACUGCAGAUGCUCACUUCGCCAUGGCCGCGAUUCCAAGACUCAGCCCCUCGUCCUCCCUCCACCCCAGGACAUCCCCCAACCGGAUAUCCAUCAUGUCCUUCUCCUCCGACAGCACCAAGCUUGGUGAGAUUCCUCAGCGGAAAUGGCAGCCAAGUCACAGAUCCCUGUACAUCACCACCACUGGCUCGCCAAGCGAGGAAGAAGAAGACGAGUACAACAUCAAGCCUGUUUUCCCGCUGAAGCCAUAUACGGUCGAGGUCAAGGAAAAGGGCAGAUUCUGGGGGUUGUUUGCGAGGAGGGGAUCUCAGUCUUAAUGAUGUUUUUAUUUUUGUUUAUUUUAUGAUUUUAUGACGCUUCAUGACAACAUACGAUGAUAUAUACUGAUUCACGACCGUUUUACCGAUUUACGACAACUUAUACCAAAUUUUAACGACUUUUACCGACUUACGACUUAUGAUUAACAUGCCAUGGUUUUCCUGUUUCUAGAAGCUGUCAUUACGAAACUGGGGUUCUAAGCGCCAAGAGGCGGGAUACUUUACAGUGAUAGCAUGGGGAUAUGUGCGCCACGGGGUUAACGUUCUGAAACUGUACAGUUGCGGAAUCUUCUGCUGUUCCUAACCUCGUUCACAACUCGGCGCUGGCGUCGUCAUGUUAGAGAUAUUGGGUACCAUUUUAUGUAGGAUUCGCUC